GUGAUUCUGAGCUUACAAAAUCAAAGCCAUUCAUUUAAGUUAUUUGUCAGUGUAACUCUAAAGUCUUAAGCCAUUCUAUUUUAUCACUGUCUUUUGUUUGUUACACAUCUCAAAAUGAUUAAGCUGCAAAAUCACAAAAUAGUAGUAGAAAAUUGUGCCUACAAAACAAAAGCCAUUUAUUGAAGUGUUCGGCUUUUUCUGUUUUACCUAAAAUCAUUGCAUAUUUGUCAGUCUAUCAAAUUGGUUUAACCAAAACGGCUUUAUUUGUGAUAUAUGGCUCAGAUUGGUAUAACCAAAAUAGUUUUUUUUUUGUUUAAACCAAAAUAGUUUCUUUGUUACACAUAAGCUCAGAUUGGUGCAAAAUGACAAAACAGUUAUAAAUAAAAUAUGAAAUCUAUCAAAGUUUGUGAGGAAUAUUUUGCAGAAUGUUAAGUUAAACUUAGAAAAGAAGCCUUGGGAAAUGAACCGAAGGUCCAAACUUCAAUGUAUAGGGAGAUGGAGAGAGUAAGAGUCACGCUGUUCGAGGGAGCGUGAAGAUCAAUCACAUCUACGAGAGAGAUAUUGCCAUGCAGAGAAAAAAAGCAAAGCAAGAGGGAACAUGAUGGACCGGUCACGAUGCUUCGACUGUCUUCCAACGACCAAAGCACCCAUUCUACUCACUUUUCCUAAUUUCAAUCUCUUUGAUCUUCUUUUCUGUUUUUCAAAUAAUUAUACUAAAUCAUUAUAUGAUCAACGAUCCUAUUAACAAUCAUUAUGUAACACCUCGAAGUUCGGUCUACAUAACACCUUUGUCUCCUAAAUUCACUCCAUAUAUUCUACUCAGAUCAAUCUAGACAGAAAUCAACUAUCUAAUCACUCUUACCGAGAGAUACUUCAUUCUUUAAGUUGAUCAAUCUAUACCAAAAAAACACCUCGUAGUCAUUAUUUUAAGGGACAAGGGUUAACUUUACAAGUUUACAUAGGGACAGCAUCCAAUUCGAUUACAUAUUGUCUUUGAAUGGGUUUCUAAUUAAUAACAAAAGCAAAAUAUUUUUUUAGUUAUCAUGGGUUCAUACUAAUCAGAGUUGAUUUUGUCUCUAUAGACAUCAUAUAUCAAGAAUAUACUUCUAUUUAUAACAUGACAAUUCAACAUUAGUCAAAUAAUAACGAGGUAUAUAUCUGUGGAUCUAUUAAGCGAUGACCAUCACAAGGCAACAAAAUAAAAGCAAAUGUACUAAUAUAUAUUUGUGUAUGAAACUAUUGAUAAGAAAUUUAAACCCUAACUAAAGCAAGAAAACAAAAAGAAUCAUGUCAGUCCCACCCCAUAUGGAACACAAACCCUAAUAAUUACAUAUAUAACAAUUAUUUUCGUAUACCCCCACACAAAAUAUUGUAUAAGCAUAUGCAUAUAUAUAUAUGGACAUAAAUAUAUAUAAAGGUUCGUACCCACUUUUAAUUUUAGCCAUCUUCAUUCUCACACUCAACCUCCUCCUCUUUCCCUUCAUUCUCUUUGUGUUUUUUUUUCCUUCGAUCUGAUUCCUCUAGUAGAUCUAGUUCCAAUAUCACCCACCAAGAAAAAAAAAGACAAGAAUAUAACUUUACUUUAAGAAUUUUGAAGAAUAAAAUCAAAAGAGAGAGUAUAACCAUGGUUUUCUCCUCCAUCCAGGCUUAUCUUGAUUCAUCCAACUGGCAACAAGCUCCUCCGAGUAAUUAUAAUCAGGGAGGCGCAGGAGCCUCAGCAACCGGAGGUCAUGAUCUUCCUCCUCAGCUGCAGCCACAAUCCCACCCGCUGUCUAACGGUAGCGGAGGCAGCGGCUCGAUCCGACCAGGAUCGAUGGUGGACAGAGCAAGACAAGCAAACGUAGCCAUGCCCGAAGCGGCACUAAAAUGUCCAAGAUGCGAAUCCACCAACACCAAGUUCUGCUACUUCAACAACUACAGCCUCACUCAGCCACGCCACUUUUGCAAAACCUGCCGGAGAUACUGGACACGUGGCGGUGCCCUCCGCAACGUCCCCGUGGGCGGUGGCUGCCGGAGAAACAGGCGUACUAAAAGCAGCAGCAACAACAAUAGCAGCACCGCCACUAGCAACAACACAAGCUUCUCCUCCGCUGCCUCAGGGAAUGCAUCCACCAUCAGCGCGAUUCUCUCCUCGAACUAUGGAGGAACCCAUGAGAAUAUCUUGAGUCAGAUUUUGUCUCCAGGGAGGUUAAUGAAUCAUAACUAUAAUCAUCAUCUAGGAGAUCUCACAGAUAAUACAAAAACAGACAACAACAUGAGCUUGUUGAACUAUGGAGGAUUGAGUCAAGACUUGAGGUCAAUCCACAUGGGAGCUUCUGGUGGCUCUCUUAUGAGCUGUGUUGAUGAGUGGAGAACGGCGUCGCAUCAUCAGCAGCCGCAGAUUUUGGGAGGUGGAAACUUGGAGGACUCUAAUCCUAACCCAUCUUCAAAUGGGUUUUACCCUUUUGAGUCACCGAGGAUAACUUCUGCGUCGAUAUCAUCUGCUUUAGCGUCGCAGUUUUCUUCGGUUAAAGUUGAAGAUAAUAAUCCUUACAAAUGGGUUAAUGUCAAUGGUAAUUGCUCUUCCUGGACUGAUCUUUCUACGUUUGGCUCUUCUCGUUGAGUUCAACCAACAACAAAAAGAAACAAAAAAAGAAACUAGAGGGUACUUAUUGAUGAAAAACCCUAGUUACUAAUUAUUAGGUUUCUUUUAUCUUGUUUUACGUUUUUUUGUUUAGUUUAUGAUAUUGGUGUUUACGACUUCCCUUGUUCUCUAUAUAUGGUUCUAGGUGUGUAGCUUAAGUUACUAGGUGUGUCUGAGACUGUUCCUAUGUUGUAUCAGCACUUCCGUUGUUACAUUUGAGUUUGAUGUCUUAGAUGGCUAUCUAUAUAUUUGUCAAUCGUAUUAAAGUCAUGAUAUGUUGAAUGAGCUAGUUUUAUUUCUCA